CGUCAACGACAAGAUAUCCGCGUUGCGAGUCCCUCCUAUAUCAUUCGACAUCAAACCGAACACCUAAAUGUAUACAUAUGCAUAUGCAUAUAAUGCGUGCAUGGAUCAGAGACGAUCAAAGCCAGCCAGCCAGCCAAAAGAUAUACAGUUUGAGUUCUCUGUUUCAAGGGUGUCGAAAGCUUUGAAGGGAAAAUUCACGAGUGGAGGCAACAGGUCGGCAAUGGAAUUAGCAUCGGCAGCCGAAUCAGCAUCAAUAUCUGUUGUUUUAGUGGGUGCGGAAAAAAACAGGGCUGCCGUUAAUGGCAAUGGAAGGAAGUGAUUUGCAUUUAAUGCUCGGUUGCUUUGGGAAAAGAUUAAAGUGUGUUUAAUGUUGAGUGCCUUCCCCUUUUCCCCUUGUGCAAACUCAAUGCCAUGUCAGCUUUUACUUUUCCUUCCAUUCUCCUUCGAGGGAAAUACCUUCCCAUUUUCCCCUUCACUUUUUACUUUAAUUUUAUAAAAGUAAAAGUGUUGUGUUUAA